AUGUGGACCAUGAGCUCCAAGAUCAAGCAGACAUCUGCAUUACGUCUGGCAGCCAGCAAGGGACACUCAGGCUGUGUGGAGGAGCUGCUGUUUCGAGGGGCGGAGGUGGAUGCUGACCCUGGUGGCAGCACAGCCCUGCAUGAUGCCUGUAUAGAUGGCCAUGACAGCUGUGUCCAGCUGCUGCUAGCCCACGGAGCAGACCCUGACCUGCUGGCAGAAGACGGCAGUGCACCCCUUCACCUCUGCAGCACAGCCCAGACAUUUCAGUGUGCUGAGCUGCUGGUGACGGGUGGGGCAGAGGUCAAUGUGUUGACCAGUGACAAAGAUACGCCCCUCCAUGUGGUGGCUCGUCGGGAUCUGGAGGAGCAUGUGAAGCUCUUUCUGUCCCAUGGAGCUGACGUGUCAGCCAGGAACCGUGAGGGGGAGACCCCCCUGAAUGCAGCCUGUGGUGGGGCUGAGAGGCCUGCCGAGGCUGGGCGGUACCUCCGCGUGGUCCAGAUGCUGCUGGGAGCUGGGGCUGACCCCUGCACUGCAGGCAGGAAACACCACACACCUCUACACAACGCCUGUAGUAACUGCAGCCCACGCAUUGCAGAAAUUUUACUACAACACGGAGCCAAAGCAGACGUGCAGAACUGUGCAGGAUACACACCCAUGGACUGUCUGUUACAGGUGGUGGAGGACUAUCCAGACCAGCAUCCGGAGGCUGUAGCACGCUCCCUCCUAAACCACGGGGCCAAGGCCGGUAAAAGCUUGAUGCUGAAGCUCUGCCUCAUCUCCCCUGCCACCCUGGAGGUAAUGCUGAACUGCUAUGCUGUUGUCCCUUCCUGUGAGGAAUGGAUGCAGUCUAUCCCUCUUGAGAUACAUGAGACGCACCAGGUUUUCUUUGACUCUGUGAGGCAGAUGACGAGCCAGCCUCGCUCCCUGCAGCACCUGUGCCGCUGUGCUCUGCGCCGCCACUUAGGAAAAGGUAUCGACGCCGCUAUCAGUAGAUUGGACAUCCCCAGCUCUCUGAUGGAGUAUCUACUACUUCGGAAUGACGGGGAGAUCCGGUGAAUAAAGUGAAACACGUGGGACAGAAGCCAAGAGAGAGAAUGAUUGGCAUUUACAAUAACUAAAAGAAUGGUUGCAAUAAUUUGUGUUUUCUGUAUUAAUUUAUUAAUAAAUCAACUUUUUAUUUUGCCUAUGAAAAUAUGAUACUAUUUUUCGGAACUAAUUUAUGUUCUUGUAUGAAUUGCAUUUGUAUGGACGAACCACCCACUACAG